AUGAUAAAAACUAAAAAAUGGUCUGGUGGAACUGAAGAGGAGUAUGAAACCCAGCACUUUGGUUUUGGGUCUCAACGACUGAAAAUAGCGGUUCGACAAAUGGUAGAAGAUAAGAUACGCGCAUCUGUUACAAAGGCUUUUUAUGGUGUUCACAAUACUUUGGGAUUAAACGAAACUGAUGAAGUUUUAUUAGCCCAUACACGCGAGAAACUUAUUCGUCUGUAUUGUGAUAAAGCUAGCGCAGCAUUGAUUGUGAUUGAUACUGAAAUUGAAAAAAUGCUUAAGAUACCGCCAAAUGUACUUUUACCAGAAGAUGACGAACAGUCCAAGCAGAUUUCUGAAACAGAGUAUAACUCAUUGAAUGAAGAAAAAUUACAAAAAAAAGAUAUGGAAGUUGUUGACGUGAUGCAAAGGAAUUUAGAACGUCCAGAUGUAGUUAAAGCUAUGAUCAACAAAGUUCAAUUUUUAAGUGCAAGAUUGCCAUUUAUUGAAAUUGAUGAUAAAUUGUAUAAAGAUUAG